AAAAAUCCCGCUGAAGCCUCGACGGUGAAGGGCAGGAAAUAAUUCAGCAGCAGCCCCUAAAGCAGUGUCUGCAUCGACGUCGAUGGCAGCAGAGAGCGGCAGCGAGAGAGAGUGAAAGGCAGAGUGAGUUAGAGUGCGUGAGGGAGAGAGAGAGAGAGAGAGAGAGAGAGUGUGAGUGUGUGUCUCUGAGUGAGAGCUAGUUCCUCUGCACUGUGUGGAGCUGUGCUGAGCUCUCUGCCGUGUCGCGUGGCAAACGUGUGUGUGUGUGUGUGUGUGUGUAUGUGCGUGCCCGUGUGUGCGUGUUCCGUUCCGGUUCCCGCGCGUUCUGUUGAGGCAGGGCUUACCGGAGUGAGUGAGUGAGCGAGGGAGGGAGCCAGCCAGCCAGCGAGCAAGGGGAGGGAGGGGAGCGAGGGAAGAGAUGUGGCUGGACUAGGAGCAUCAUUGAGGACUGACAGCGGGGGUCCGUAGGCAUGGCAGAGCCAGCAUGGUAGCACCGUGGAGCCACAGCUGAGCCGGGGGGGACAGACGAUGACAGCCCCGGCGUGGGUUACCAUGUGCCACAGCCGCGCCGCCUUAGCUCCGCGUGGGACCGCCAGAGCCAUGUGAGAGAGGACCCAGGCUCGCCCAGCGUACAACUCUUGGACAUGUCUUCCAGGGCAAAGACUGGAGUCUCUUCUGUGUUUGAACUUGUUUUGUUUUUCCUGGUGCUGUCCGGCUGCUGCCCCGAACUCUCCCACCAAGCACGGACUAAAGGCAGAUGGAACAAGGGGGGAUCCCGUCUGCGCCAGGAGGACUCUGCGCCCCGCAUCGUGGAGCACCCCUCAGACCUGAUCGUGUCCAAGGGGGAGCCCGCCACCCUCAACUGCAAGGCGGAGGGGCGGCCCACCCCCACGGUGGAGUGGUACAAGGACGGGGAGCGGGUGGAGACGGACAAAGACGACCCGCGGUCCCAUCGCAUGCUGUUGCCCAGCGGCUCGCUCUUCUUCCUGCGCAUCGUGCACGGCCGGAGAAGCAAGCCAGACGAGGGCGCCUACGUCUGCGUGGCCCGCAACUACCUGGGGGAGGCUGUCAGCCGCAACGCCUCGCUGGAAGUAGCAUUGCUGCGGGACGACUUCAGGCAGAACCCCACUGAUGUGGUGGUGGCGGCGGGGGAGCCCGCCAUCCUGGAGUGCGUGCCCCCCAGGGGCCACCCCGAGCCCACCACCUUCUGGAAGAAGGACAAAGUGCGCAUCGACGACCGCGACGAGAGGAUCACGAUCCGGGGAGGGAAGCUGAUGAUCUCCAACACGAGGAAGAGCGACGCGGGGAUGUACAUCUGCGUGGGGAGCAACAUGGUGGGAGAGAGAGACAGCGAGACGGCACAAGUCACCGUGUUCGAGCGGCCCACGUUCCUGCGUCGCCCCAUCAACCAGGUCAUCCUGGAGGAUGAGACGGUGGACUUCCGGUGCCAGGUGCAGGGCGACCCCCAGCCCAACGUCCGCUGGCGCAAGGACGACGUGGACGUGCCCCGCGGGAGGUAUGAAAUCAAGUAUGACAAAGACGACUACGUCCUGCGAGUGAAGAAGGCGUCCACCACCGACGAGGGAACGUUCACCUGCGUGGCGGAGAACCGCGUGGGCAAGCUGGAGGCCUCGGCCACCCUCACCGUCAGAGCGGCCCCCCAGUUCGUGAUCCGACCGAGGGACCAGAUCGUGGCGCAAGGCCGCGUGGCCACCUUCCCCUGUGAGACCAAGGGGAACCCCCAGCCCGCCGUGUUCUGGCAGAAGGAGGGCAGCCAGAACCUUCUGUUCCCCAACCAGCCCCAGCAGCCCAACAGCCGCUUCUCAGUGUCUCCGGGCGGAGCCCUGACCAUCGGCUCGGUGCAGCGCUCCGACGCUGGCUACUACAUCUGCCAGGCGCUCACCGUGGCGGGCAGCAUCCUGGCCAAGGCUCAGCUGGAGGUGACCGACGUUCUGACAGACAGGCCGCCGCCCAUCAUCCGUCAAGGGCCGUCCAAUCAGACGCUGGGGGUGGACAGCGUGGCCUUGCUGAAGUGCCAGGCGUCCGGAGACCCAAUCCCGUCCAUUAGCUGGCUGAAAGAUGGAGUCAGUCUGCUGGGCAAGGACCCGCGCAUGUCCCUGCAGGAGCUGGGCAGCCUCCAGAUCAGGAGCGUCAAGCUCUCUGACUCUGGGAUCUACACCUGCGUGGCGGCCAGUUCCAGCGGCGAAACGUCGUGGAGCGCCUUCUUGGAAGUCAAAGAGGCCGGCAGCCUGUUGGUGGUGAAGACCCGGGACGACAUGGAGCUGCCCGGCCCCCCCUCCAAGCCCCAGGUCACGGACGUCACCAAGAACAGCGUGUCCCUGUCCUGGCAGCCCGGUCUGCCCGGCUCUUCGCCCGUGGCCUCCUUCGUCAUCGAGGCCUUCAGCCAAUCGGUGAGCAACAGCUGGCAGACGGUGGCGGACCACGUGAAGACCACCCAGUUCACGGUGAAGGGUCUCCGGCCCAACACCAUCUACCUCUUCAUGGUCCGAGCGGUCAACACCCAGGGCCUGAGCGACCCCAGCCCCAUGUCGGAGCCUGUUCGGACCCAAGGUACCCCCCCCGUAACCCCCCGACCUCUGUGUCAAGACGUCGACACACUCACACGGGGGGCCGGGCUUCCUCUAACAGUGGCGUCUCUAACCUUUGACCCCCUCCCUUCCUCCCCUCGCCCUACAGCGGCCCCCCAGUUCGUGAUCCGACCGAGGGACCAGAUCGUGGCGCAGGGCCGCGUGGCCACCUUCCCCUGUGAGACCAAGGGGAACCCCCAGCCCGCCGUGUUCUGGCAGAAGGAGGGCAGCCAGAACCUUCUGUUCCCCAACCAGCCCCAGCAGCCCAACAGCCGCUUCUCAGUGUCUCCGGGCGGAGCCCUGACCAUCGGCUCGGUGCAGCGCUCCGACGCUGGCUACUACAUCUGCCAGGCGCUCACCGUGGCGGGCAGCAUCCUGGCCAAGGCUCAGCUGGAGGUGACCGACGUUCUGACAGACAGGCCGCCGCCCAUCAUCCGUCAAGGGCCGUCCAAUCAGACGCUGGGGGUGGACAGCGUGGCCUUGCUGAAGUGCCAGGCGUCCGGAGACCCAAUCCCGUCCAUUAGCUGGCUGAAAGAUGGAGUCAGUCUGCUGGGCAAGGACCCGCGCAUGUCCCUGCAGGAGCUGGGCAGCCUCCAGAUCAGGAGCGUCAAGCUCUCUGACUCUGGGAUCUACACCUGCGUGGCGGCCAGUUCCAGCGGCGAAACGUCGUGGAGCGCCUUCUUGGAAGUCAAAGAGGCCGGCAGCCUGUUGGUGGUGAAGACCCGGGACGACAUGGAGCUGCCCGGCCCCCCCUCCAAGCCCCAGGUCACGGACGUCACCAAGAACAGCGUGUCCCUGUCCUGGCAGCCCGGUCUGCCCGGCUCUUCGCCCGUGGCCUCCUUCGUCAUCGAGGCCUUCAGCCAAUCGGUGAGCAACAGCUGGCAGACGGUGGCGGACCACGUGAAGACCACCCAGUUCACGGUGAAGGGUCUCCGGCCCAACACCAUCUACCUCUUCAUGGUCCGAGCGGUCAACACCCAGGGCCUGAGCGACCCCAGCCCCAUGUCGGAGCCUGUUCGGACCCAAGACAUCAGCCCCCCGUCGCCGGGCGUGGACCACAGGCACGUGCAGAAGGAGCUUGGAGAGGUCAUAGUUCGCCUGCACAACCCGGUGGUCAUGAGCCCCACCACCAUACAGGUUACCUGGACGGUGGACCGUCAGUCCCAGUUCAUCCAGGGCUACAGAGUUAUAUACAGGCAGUCCUCGGGGCUGCCCUCCCCGGGGCCUUGGCAGAGCCAGGACGUGAAGGUCCCCUCGGAGCGCAGCAUGGUGCUGGGGGCCCUGAAGAAGGGCAUCGUCUACGAGAUCAAGGUGCCGUACUUCAACGAGUUCCAGGGCAUGGACAGCGAGUCGACGGCGCGCACCACAGAAGAAGCGCCCAGUGCCCCCCCGCAGCAGGUGACCGUCCUCACCGUGGGCAACCAGAACAGCACCUCCAUCAGCAUCUCCUGACCCCCUGCGCCGGACCACCAGAACGGCAUCAUCCAGGAGUACAAGGUUCGCUGGUGCCACACCACACAUCAUCCCCGCAGCAGCCCUGUUGUCCUUUGCCGCAGGGAGCCGGCUAUCGUGCCAGCUUUCCCCCAGACAAAGGAGGGCUGGCCCCCGUCUCUCCGGUUCUCGUGGCCCAUCUGUGGCGCCCAUGUGGGACCACGACAGCGAUUAAAGACAGAUGACGCUAACGACUGUAUGACGCGAUGUUUGUUCCAUGGCUCCCUCUCAUGGUCAAUGUUCUGCCCCCCCCUCCCCCCCCCCAGCCGUCCGGGACUGCUCAACGCCAGCGACCCAGGGUACCCCUGGCUGGCCGACUCCUGGCCCGCCACCAGCCUGCCCGUCAACAGCGGCUCCGGGGGGCCCAACGACCUCAGCAACUUCGGCCGGGGAGACCUCCCCAACGGCCAGAGCGACAAAUCGGGCACCAUGCUUUCGGACGGAGCCAUCUACAGCAGCAUCGACUUCACCACCAAGGCCAACUACAACAGCCCCGGCCAGGCGUCCCAGGCCACGCCCUACGCCACCACCCAGAUCCUCCACUCCAGCAGCAUCCACGAGCUGGCGGUGGAGCUGCCCGAGGCCCAGUGGAAGGCCUCGCUCCAGGCCAAGCAGGAGAUGGCCAACCUGGGCUACUCGCUGCCCGACAAGAACUCCUGCAACAACACACUCCUUUUCAUGCCCGACUACCGAUUGGCAGAUGGAUUGUCAAAUAGAAUACCACACAACCAAUCACAAGAUUUCAGCACCACCAGCUCUCACAACAGCUCAGAGCGAAGUGGCAGCCUCUCAGGCGGGAAAGGAGGAGGCAAGAAGAAGAAAACCAAGCCGGGUUCCAAACCCACCAAAGCCAACGGCUCCAACUGGGCCAACGUCCCCCUGCCCCCGCCCCCCGUCCACCCUUUGCCGGGCACGGAGAUGGACCACUACCCCAACGACCACCACGACGGGGGAGGGUACGAGAGCGACGGCUGGGGUCCCACCAUGCCGGUGCAGACCUACCUCCACCAGGGCAUGGAGGACGAGCUGGAGGAGGAGGAGGAACGGGUGCCCACCCCUCCGGUGCGGGGCGUGGCCUCGUCGCCGGCGGCCGUGUCCUUCGGCCAGCAGUCCACGGCCACGCUCACGCCCUCGCCCCGCGAGGAGAUGCAGCCCAUGCUGCAGGCCCACCUGGACGAGCUGACCCGGGCCUACCAGAUGGACAUGGCCAAGCAGGCGUGGCACAUGCAGGGGGGCUCUCUGCCGCCCCCCCAGGCCCCGGCCCCCCCGGUGGGCUACGUCUCCAGCACCCUGGUGUCGGACCUGGAGACGGACCUGGCCGAGGAUGACGAAGAGGAAGAGGAGGAGGAGGAGGAAGAGGAGGAGGACGAGGGCUACGGGGUCAGGCAUCACCGUGGCAUCGAACACACGCCGGGCUCCAGCAUGGACAACCUGGACAGCUCCGUCACAGGGUCCAUGGUGAACGGCUGGGGCUCUGCGUCGGAGGACGAGCGUAACUUCUCCAGCCACAGGUCCAGCUACGGCAGCUCCUCGGACGGCUCCAUCUUCACCCAGUGCAGCUUCGCCCAGGCCCUGGUGGCAGCCGCCGACAAGGCCGGCUACCAGCUGGAGGGCACCAGCCUGAGCAAGCGAGGUAAAGGCUUACCGUCUCACCGGCCGCGGCCCAGCAGCCCCUUCUCGACAGACGGCAGCACGGUGGGAACACACAGCCUGGGGCACCAGAGGGCCGCACGCCCCACCCGGAAGCCCCGCGCCCAGGGCACGGUGCCCCACCGGAGGGACCCCGCUGCAGACGACCUACCUCCUCCGCCGGAGCCCCCUCCCUGCAUCCCCCAGGGGCCCGGGCGGAUCCAAGGGGCCCGUAGCGUGGGCACCGUGGGCGCCCCCAGCGAGAGGAAGGCCUCGUCCCUGGAGCGCCAGCCCAUGUCGGGCCCUCUGGCCGGGCAGGAGGAGCCGAAGGCCCGCUCCACCCUGGACCACCACCACCUCCACCACCGCCAGCCCAGCGACCGGCUGGGAGGCUCCAUGGAGCGGGCGGAGGACGGGCGCAGGGGCCUGAAAACAGAGGAGGGGUGCCUGCCCUACAGUAAGCCGUGCUUCCCUUCCCCGGGGGGUCACAGUUCGUCGUCGGGCACGGCCUCGUCCAAGGGCUCCACGGGGCCGCGGAAGGGGGAGGGCCCCAGGCAGCCACAGCAGUGGACGGCCACGGAGCACGCAGAGUUCCUGGGGGCCAACGGACAGGGCCAGUACUGUGGGGAGUUAUAGUGACCAGCCAGGCGGAUGUUGUCAUCAGAGGGAGAGAGAGAAAGAGACACCUCGUUAGAAGGUACCAUGAACUUUGACCGCUCCUGUAUCCUCUCACGGAGACGGACUGAGGCAGAGGGCAGGGCGCCAGGUCGCAGAACUGUAAAUGCGAUGUACAGACGCAGACAUACUGUGCAUCUCACUGUUUCUGUGCUUCGAGAAAAUAUUUUCCACCUUCUAACGUUAUUGUAAUUUUCUUUUUUGUUAAAAAAACAACAAACAAAAGGAGAAAAAAAGUAAAACACAACCUCUAUACGAGAAACGGUUAAUUUGUUAAAGGAACUGCCCUCAGUGGAAAAUAACUGAAUUAUGUUUCCUGUAAAUACGUCCUUUUAAUUGUCGUUGCAUUGCUAUGCAAGCCUAUUUCAGUUUGAGUUUUUUAUUUUCUAUUUACAGGUGCAGUUGGGUUUUAUCUGGUUAUUUGUAUUAUAUGUGAAUUGCGUGGCGAUUGUGCCAUAAAAAAUAAUUGUUUUAUAAUAAUCCAUUGUUUGUUAAUAGGUAUCAUUUGAUUAAUGACCAUUACUAUUGUUAUAAUUAAUUAAUUAUUGUUUUUGCACUGCAAUUCUUGGUGAUAAGCACAAAAAACAUAAAACUCCUGCUGACAUGAAGAACCGGAGAUGAUAUGUGAAGAGGAGUGUUCUGUACUGUAAAGUAAAGAGAGAUGAGAAUAUAUACUAAUGUACAGAGAUAUAUUAACGGCCCGGGCAUUGCUCAUGGACAGCAACAGAUGGAAAGCUCAUGCCCAGAGUUUGGGCCGGUUGGCUUGUAUUCAGUAGGUGUGGGCUUACUAUAAGGUAGAGAUCCUUAAAGAUGAGGUUCGUUGCUGAUUUAUUGUUUCUUUGUUUUUGAUAGGCUGGAAUUAAAUGCACACGGAGGUUCACUGUAUUGGGGUGAUCUUGUGAUUCUCGUUGAUUAUGUAAUUCCUGCAAACCGAGAGAAGGGUUAAAAUCGGAGGUAUACAAGCAGUCUUCUAAUGUUUUUUCUUCAGUCAUUGUCUUGUCAUUAACGCAGAUUUGGGAUGGGGGGUUAUUGUGAUUAUUGUCUUUUUUUUCUAACCAUGUUUUAUUUAAUUGUAUUCUUUUCCCUCUCAUGUGGAUGUUUCACCCUGGUUACUUUACUAUACGAUUGUUGCUUGGCUCCUAACCUAUACCUAUCCUAACCUAAGGAGCAGCUGAAACUAUGGGAGACUGAGAGGAGAAAUAUGAGAUUACAAAAUACUGUCCACGACACAACUUAUCUGUCCACGACACAACUGCAGUUGGCCUCAAGAUGUCUGCCAUUUGUUUUGUUUUGGUUGUUGUAUGUAAGGGUACCUUAGAGAUAAUUCUGGAAGAAGUUCCGAAGGAGAUAAUUUAUUGGUUUACAUUGGUCCUGUUUUUUGUGGUUUUCAUUUUGUGUUAUUUCUUUCUCUCAAUGUUCAACAUUGUUUGCUAUUUUGGAGCACUUAAUUUGUUUUGGUUUGCAGUUAUUUUUCUUAAUUCCCUUACUUCGAGAAAAACAUUCGGCAUACAUACCACCAGCCUGGUCGGGUGAACGUGCUGGUAUUUUAUCAUUAUUCGAUUAAAUCAGAAGACUGUGGUGCGGUACCUCAAUUCGACUAUUAGCACAUAGCGGUUGGCCAUCUAUUCAGCGUCGGCCGACCCUCCGAACUGGAGAAGAGCGAAGGGCAAAGCGAACGAGGCGGGAUAGCGUAGCUUUCUGCAGAGACGCCGAAAGCUUCUGAAGCAGACAGGAGCGGUUGUUAUGGAGAUAAGCCUUGUGGUGGAGCCAGCAGGUCUCACUGCCUCGUCCUCUAAAGCCACAGACAGGAGCCCUCUACUUCCUGUCUCACCCCUUCUCCCCCCCCCUCCCACUGUAAAACACCUCUCUGCCCCCCCCUCCCAUUGCCACGUACGAUGGAUCUCACCCUCUUGUCCGCAAUGUUCUAAAAACGGUGUCCCUAUUGUGUUUUUUUUUUUUUUUUUGGUUUUGCGUUUAAUUUGUUAAAAAAAUGCCUUUUAUGGACUCAAACACACAAAAUCGCUGCUUAAAGUAACAUUUUUGGAUGAGGAAAAUGUCUUCUUUUGUCUUGAAGUGUUUUUGACGGUUGGAAGGACGAAGGUUGUCAAUGUCGCUGUUGUACUGUUGGCUUCAUCCCCGUCUCAUCCCGUCACCAGCCAGAGUUCUGGACAUGAGGUGCAAAGAGUAUCUCAGGUUAUUUUGCAUUUUGGUGAUGUUUGUAUGUGUGUGUGUGUGUGUGUGUGUAUGUAUAUACAUAUAUAUAUAUAAAUAUCUGUGUAUAUAUCCAUAUGCUUCUCCUAACUUGGUCACGCCGUUUCAGUUCCAUCGCUGAAAACAAUCCCCAACUGUCGCGUCCUAUACUGUUGUCCACCAUUUUGAAUUUUGAAUUAAUUUUUUUAUUUUUUAUUAUUCCCACUAUAACGUGCUGGACCAUCCAACUUAAAAAACAAGAUGUCAGUGACAGAACAUACCAAAUUAAUAUUGAUAUUUCCAGCGUCAAAGGCGUUUUUCGUGUCUCUUUAAUACUCAUGUUCUCUUUUUUUUUCCUUUUCUUUUGGAAUCACAGUGUUGUUGUUUUCGUAUUUAUUAAAAAUGAUAAUAAAGGUAUAUUGUGAAAUAUGCAUAAAGAUUUGUGGACUAUAAAAUGUCUUCUUUUUUUUUGUUCCUUGUAAAGAGUGUUAUGUGAGUAAAGAGUUGGGGGUCCUGAACGGUGGUCGGCUUGGCGACAGAAAGAUUCCAUGGUUUUCCAGAAGGUUCCGAGUCACUCUUUGUCAUGCAUGUUUACCACGCUGCUUCUCUCAUGUCAAAACUUAACCGACUAAAAAUCCUUCCCGGAACACAAGGAGCAAAAAAAUCAAAUAAACGCUCACCAUUUUUGCUUGUCGAGACAACAGAAAAAAAAUGAAACUUUUAUUUUGGCAAGGAUGGAAAAGUACUUUGGCCUUUCCGCUCUCUCUUUUUCUCUCUCUCUCUCUCUCUCUCUCUCUCUCUCUCUCUCUCUCUCUCUCUCUCUCUCUCUCUCUCUCUCUCUCUCUCUCUCUCUCUCUGUUGUUCCUUUGUUCUCAAUAUUGUUGGUUCUUUGUAGCCUAUCUGUGUGUCGCCUUUUUGCUAUAAAAGUGGAUUAAAAAAAUAAGAUAAAAAGUAAAGUUGUUGGGUGACGUCUUUCUGUACAGUGCAGGGACGAGGUGAUGGCUCCCUGCUCCUAUGCCAUUUCUACAUACUGCUCUUUUCUUUCUGUAAAGAGAACAACUUUACUGUAUUCACUUGCAUGUCCUUGUCCAAGAGAAAACGUGGAUUGAGAAAAUAAACUUUUACAGUGUCAUUCCUCAUGUCCUGUAAGAUAAAGUCAUGUUCUUUCUUUUCUUGUACCUGGAUCACUAUCAAAUAAAAAAAUAUUUUUGAAAAAUUAAGAAAA